AUGUCGACACCUCCCAAAGUUAAGAAGGCAUUAAAUGGUCUAUUAAGAGAUCCAGGGAAUUCAUUCUGUGCAGAUUGUAAGAAUUCAUCACAUCCAAGAUGGGCAUCGUGGUCAUUGGGCGUUUUCGUUUGUAUCAAAUGCGCAGGUGUACACCGAUCGCUAGGUACACAUAUCAGUAAAGUUAAGUCUGUUGACUUAGACAUUUGGCAAGAGGAGCAUUUGAUUAAUUUGGUCAAGAUGAGAUCUAAUAGGGAAGCCAAUAAAAUUUUCGAGGCAAAAACACCUGAAGAGUUGAGGCGGCCAAUCCUGGAUACAAACAAAUUACAAAAUUUCAUUAGAAACAAAUACGAGCAUAAAAAAUGGAUAGGUACCCCAAAGGAAACUGCGACUGAAUCACCACCGGCAGAAGCUUCGCCCACUCCACUCUCAAUGAAAUCAGGAUCCGCAAAUGAAUUGAUUAGUAUGGAGGAUCAUGCAGAUCAGCAGAACAACAAUACGCAUAGUACUUCAUCAAGUGUUUUGAAUUUACAGUUGCUGUCCAUGCCCAAGGUCAAGGAGACUGUCAGUGAAGGUCAAAGUCAAACUACAAAUGCAUCUACACCGUCAACGGCUUCGAGGAGAACUGGUAUCUCUGAAAGGCCAGAUUUAAAGAAAUCCAUUCUUUCCCUUUACGCUAAGCCGCAGGGAUCGAGAUCUAGUAUGGGUACGUCGACAGAAUCUGUAGCCACCACAACGACACCAAAUUUAGCAUCACCAACGGCUAGCUUUGCCGCUGGCAACGGUACAAAUGCCUCCACAAGUAGCUUAGAGGACAACGAACUGUUUAAGAACGUUUGGACAUAA